UGCAAAUGUGCACAGAGAGAUCCAUGGCCGGGAAUUGUUUUUGGAGACAUGAGCGCCUGAGGAAAAAGGUUUGGGGGUGACGACUGGGCAAGUGUGGCCUCCUCACACCUCCCGUUGCACACGGUGCGUUUGGACGGGAAGUUCUCCCAGGAAUGAAAAUGGAGGGCCGGGAGUCGGAAGGGCUCAAACCAUUGGCGGGGCUGGCACGGAAGGUCAGGGGCUCGCACCCGGCUCCGUUCAGGACCACGAGGGCCUUUUUCGGCUGGGCACCAUCGCAGCAGGUCAAGCAGGAGCCGGAUGAGGGCCUUUCCGAAUGCUGGGAGACCCAGCUGGAAGAAUUCCCCGAGGCGGCACGGUCCCCUCCAUCCGGACGGGGCAGCAACCCGCAGUCGCCGGAACCCACCCCGUGGGACGAAGCGAAGGAGCUUCUGGCAUCUUUCAAGGGAGCUGUGGAAGGAUGCCGGUGGGCUCACGAGGAAGCGGUCCCCAGGCUCGUCCCAGACACUGGAAGAAGGGGCUUCAGGGCAGCGAAGGAGGAGGUCCUGGGUGGAGAUGCCCCCAGCAGGGACACCCUCCGCCAGCGCUUCCGGGAAUUCCGCUACCAGGAGGCCGAGGGUCCCCGGGAAGCCUGCGGGCACCUCUGGUACCUUUGCCACCACUGGCUGAAGCCGGAGCGCUUCUCCAAGGAGCAGAUCCUGGAGCAGGUGAUCCUGGAGCAGUUCCUGAACAUCCUGCCCACCGAACUCCAGAGCUGGGUGACGGGGAGCAGCCCGGAAACAUGCGCCCAGGCGGUGGGCCUGGCAGAGGAUUUCCUGCAGAUGAAGCAAGAGGCUGAGAGGCAGGAGCAAAAGCAUGCGGAAAUGACGGCCGACCCAGAGAGCUCUCAGCUGGCUGCAGAGCCUUUCUCCCUGGCGGAGUCUCUCCCAAGCCCCCCGGAUGUGAACCUCCCUUCCCCGGAGCCCAGGAGGAGGCGGGACGCUUGGUCCCGCAAGGAAACCAUCGCCUUCAUUGACAUAUGGAAAGCGGAGGACGUCCAGAUCGCCCUGGGCCAGCAGUACCGCAACAUGAAACUCUUUGCCUGGAUCGCCGACCGCCUCCGCGAGCGGGGCUUCGAGCGGGACGCCGAGCAGUGCCGCAGCCGGGCCAAAGACCUCAAGCGUGGCUACAAGGAGAUAAAGUGUGGGAACCUCCACUCGGGGAGGGCGCCCAAGACCGCCCCGUACUUCAAGCUGCUGGAGCAGUUCCUCUGCCUCCGCAAGGGCAUCGUCUGCGGGAAAGUGUGCGGGGCCGGCGUGGUCGAGCGGCUGGACAAGAGGCGCAAGAGGCUGCCCCUCAACCCCAUGGCUGCCACCAGGAUCGCCAGGGAAGCUGCCAGCGCUGCCCCAGAGGCAGCCGAGAACGAGCGGCAGUACGUCACCCCCUUGCCGCAGGCCUCCCCUCCCAAAGAGCUCCAGGGGGCGGCCGUUGAACUGGGCAGGCCAGCCCGAAAGCCGUCCAAGGACGACGAUGUGCAGAUCGUGGGGAAAGAGGAGCCACCGCGGGGCAGUAGUGUCCCCCUGCCCUCCCAAGAGACCCCUGCCGAACCUCAGGUGUCAAACGCUGCGGAGGAGCCGAGGAGGCUGACCGCCGGCAACGUGGAGCGCAUGCGCUUCCGGCGGGAGCGCAACUGGCGGCAGCGAUUGGACUCCACCCGGCGGCCGGCGGAUCCCUCCUCCUCCCCGGCGAUGGCGUCCUCCUCCAAGACGAACGCCGACCUCGUGGACGCACUGCGGCAGCUGCACCAGCAGGACCUGCGGGCCUUCGAAAACACCCGGCAGGAGGAGCGUGCCGAGGACAGGCGGGAGAGGAGCCAGGAAAAGCAGGAGCGGGAGGAAGACCGCGCCACCACUCACCGCAUGAUUGCUGCCAUCGAGCGCUCCCACCAGACCCUGGCCGACCUCAUGGGCAGGCAGACCUCCGCCAUGGAGGCCAUUGCAACGGCCUUUUCGACACCGAGAUACCCCUCUCCCAGCCUCUUUCCGGGGUUCAGCCCCCCAUGGUCUGCCCAGCAGGCUGCUCCCAACUCUGGGGAGAGGCAGGCCAGCGCCCCCGGGAGCAGCACGAUGCCCCUGCCUUCCCCCACUCCUGACGAACCCGGGAUGCACGUUCCUGCCGGCGCACAAGACUUUGCUCCGGGACCCGACCCAGCACCAGGCCCCCUGUGUCCCUCCACCAGCCUCGAGCCUUUCCCUCCCUUAACGAACCCAAGUCCCGGAGAUGCGCCGGCCACCUCGCUGCCAGCUCCCGCCACACACCCCAGCGCCACUUCGAAACAGAGCCAGAAGAGGAAAAACUGUGACUGAGUGACACUUUGCAGCCCCCCAUGCUUUCUCGUCUGACCAGGUUGUUCCCCCCACCACCACCCCACUGCCAUCCUGUUCCAUUCCUUUUCCUUUUUGAUUGCAAUCUGUGGAGUUUGUCAUUGUUCCACCUUCACGCCCGCCUCACUUUCUUCCCUCGCAAACGAUGCUGGAUCGUGCCAAAGGGGGUCUCUGCAGUCCGGCAUACUGGCCAGCCAGCUGGGGAACACCCACCGAAAGAAGGCU